AUGGUGAAAGCACUCCUAGUUUUUCUAAACGGUCUGGUGGCCCUCAGUGUUGCAAAUGCCGCCCGGCGUGCCCCCUGGGGCAAAUUUCUCAAAGACCAAGAGACUUCUGGUGAUGUCGACUACGCUGUGGUUGUAAGUGUAACGCAGGCCGGGUUAUGUAGCGGCUCCAUUUUGAGCGAAACCUACGUCCUGACGGCAGCCCACUGCGUUCAGGACGCGCCCCCACGUCACAUCACCAUUCACUACGACAUGGGGGCCGACAUGGAGAACAGCAUCAGAGUAAAAAGCGUCAAGAUCCACCCCUACUACACCAAAGAACUACCCUUAAAAAACAACCUGGCAAUACUAGAGCUAGAGAACUCCAUUCCGCUCGGCAACGGCAUCGGAGCCGUCACCCUGCCGGAGCUGUACGAGCCCACUGCUGCCAACGCCACCGCCAUUUUGGCGGGCUUUGGCCAUAGCCACCAUUUCGGGAGGAUGGUGAAGAAGUUGCACGUCGGGAAGCUGAGAGUGUACCCUGACGAGGAGUGCGAAAAAAUUUAUGACAUUGUAGACAAGGAGUACCACAUUUGCGCUAGUGGACAAUACGGCACGAAGGCGACCUGCAAGGGUGACCAAGGGGCACCGUUGGCUGUGAAUGGGGUGCAGAUUGGCUUGGUUUCGUGGGGGCCGAGCGUUUGUGGAGAUCCGAAUGUUACGGGUGUGUUUUCUAAACUUUCGAGUAACGUGGCGUGGAUUAAAUACAUGAUAGGAAACAAGAAUGUGGAGCCUAGCUUUUAUGAUGACUGUGAUUGCGAAUGUGGCUGCCCCUAA